AUGACUUCUCUUCGCAUUGCCCAUGUUAUCCGUCCAUUCCGCUCCGGCUCCGAAGGCACUGUUGUCGCUAUCCUGGUAAACUGCGAUACCUUUCUAUAUCACGCUCUGACCGUCGGCCUUAUUCGUGCCAGCCUUGUUCCUUUCCCCGUGUCUCCCCACGAUUUCCCGCACGCCAUUGCCAACAUGCUCCAGCAGACGGAUUUGUCAUCGCGUCAUAACGCAGCCUGCAUUCCCGAUCUCAUCGAUGCGACCCGUGCCAUCCUCGACCUAUCCUAUGCUCUUGAGCUUACCCAUCUUCCUGCACUCUCCGACACAUUUGCUCCAUUUGCCUCCCCGGACCACCCGCUCCGUGCGCCUUCCCCGUAUCCACCAGUGCCCCAUCGGCUUCCCAAAGCAUGUACCGCACACCAGUAUUUUGGGCCUCUACUGCACUGGGCACAUAAUGAGGAAGAUAUUAAGUUCUUUGCAAUUGCCUCUCUGCACGCUUUGACGUUCGCCGGGGGACUUCUCUCCCUCGUCAAUGGCAACAAAAUCUUUUCCUCAAGCAUCCGUCUCUAUGCUUUUUACUGUGCCACCAAAUUUGGUGCAGUCACAGCCACCUUCGACGUCGACGAUGACGUUCCGUCCGAAACCAAUUUGAAGGCUACAGGGAAAAGCCGCUCCGACUGGCGGUGGAUGCAGUUCAACGGACAGUGCAGCGUGCGCUGGGUUUCGCGGGCUGAUGGUACUCAUGAACUUCACUUCCUGACAUGCGUAACGGUAACGCACCAGCCAAGCGCCGAAAACUUUCCCGGCGGCGAGAAAGGAUACUCGACGAGCGAUCUGUGGGAACAACAUCCCACGAGCCAAUCUCAUUCCGAUUCCGCAAGAAAGUCACAUCGGCGCACAUUCGCUGGUUUCUGGGCUAUCAUGUUCGGUCGGGGGCGUGCGCACCCAGGGGUGCUCAUCGAGCUGCGCCAUGCUGCCGCCAUUCAACUGGAUGACGCGAGCGCAUUCACAACGUUCGUGAAGAGAAUCUGGCCGCAAGUGGAGGAGGCGAACGCUCUAGCGCCUAUGUACGGUUCUGUCAGCGCGAUCGCGAAAGAGAUGGUACUCCUCGGGACUCCGCUCGCCCAUUUCUGCGUGCUGCGAAGGGUACCGUGCUCCGUAAUGCAACACUGGCAUUGUACGAGUAAUAUAUUGAUAAGCUGUGUGGAUGACAGCGUGUGCAUCAAGCUAUACGGUUAG